UCCACAUGUGGAUUUUCCUGCCACCACGCUUAAAGAGAAUGGGAUGUGUUCUAUGAAGAAUACAGAAGGCUUCCAGCAAGAUUACUCUGCAGUCUCCCAGGGCCAAGUGACUGGAAGCAGUGAGGCUGGAACAUACAGAUUAACAUCACUUUGCAUGAAGCUGGCGGAGGAAGAGGAGGACUGUGCAGAUGAUGAUGAUGAGGAGGAUCUUGAUGAUCCCAAAUCUAACGCUGAUCUUCUGGCAGAGUUAAACGAGCUUCUAAAACAGGAUGGAACUGAAGACUCUAAUGUUCAGCCACAGUCAAACGGCUCGCCUCUAUCGCACUCACUUCACACCACGGCCCCAUCGUACUUGGCCCCAUCCGCCACCGCCGCCUCUGAGGGUCUGCAGCCCCUUCUCAUUGGCCGUAUUGACGUGUACCGGGUCGCCAUUCACCAGGCCGAGGCAGACGGACCGGCGAGUCGAGAGCGCAGAUACAGGAGGGGAUUGAAGACUCUGGAGACCCUGCUGGAGUUGGCAAGAAGAGGCCACCCUGUCAUCGAGGCACAAAUUCCUCCUCCGCUUCCAGCAGCUCACAGCAAACCAUCAUCAGCCCCUCAGACCGAGCAGCCAGCCAAACAUCAGGAGCAGGGAUCAUGUCCACAUCCUGCCAUGACUACCUCAGACGAUGACAAGACCAUUCAUUCAGUGUGCACAGGCUCCGGCGCCAUGCUUCAGGUCCUGGCCAGGCUGAAGCAGUACAAGGUGGCAGCAGUCCAAGCCAAACAAGACGGACACGUGCAGCUGGCCAAGCGAUACUACCUGACAGCCAAGAAGCUGGAGUCCAUAGUAGAGGCGUCUAAAGAAGGAGGUGCACCUCCACCAGACAUCAGAUCCCUGCCGCCCCCUCCUGGACACACACCUGAACCGUCGUCUAGCACUGAGAACGAUUCCUCACCGCUGCUGAGUCACACCAGCCCAGCUGAAGAUGAGGAAGAGGAAGACCACGCAACAGCAGAGGCAUGCUGGGAGGCAGAUGCCGUGUGUGGACGUGUGGAGGACAGGACGCGGGGGCUCUCUGAGUCACCUGUUGCAGCUCCUCAGGCUGAGGACUCCUACACAUACCUCAUAGAGCUCCUCUUUGAGCAGAAACAGAGAUGUCUUGCCUACUGCCAGCAGUUCAGUCACAUGGGCAAUAUCGAGGAAACCACCAGGUUUGAGGAACUGGCUGAGAGGAGUGAGCAGAGUGCUGAGGCCCUGAGAGAGUGCCAGAGAAGGGGGUGCCCUGUACCUCAGUACCACAUGGAGGGGGCCACCGUCAACACAUUCAGGAUUAACCCUGAUCUGACAGGCAGCGAACUGGAGUUGAGCAUCAUAAAGGGAAUUAAUCUCCCCGUCGCCACAGGUAGUUCCGCUUCAGUCCAUGAAGAUACAAGUGUACGCUUUGAAUUCCAGUUUCCAAGCAUAGAAGAAGCACAGAAAGGACAAACGAGCUUUGUUAGAGAUGACGGAAAUCCAGUGUUCAACGAGCACUUCAAGCUGCUGGUGAAGAAGGAUCAUCGGGCCCUCAAGAGAGUCGUACAGUCCAAAGGCAUCAAAUUGGAGAUUGUUCGUAAGGAAGGCCUCUUCAAGGCUGAUAAAAUGGUCUACACCGCACAGCUGAAGCUGGAGACCCUGGAGACACACUGUGACCUCCGACAGCUGAUAGAGGUUAUGCACAGGAGGAAGGCUACAGGGGGUCACCUGGAGGUGCAGGUGAGGGUUCGGGAGCCUCUCGGGGGGCCACAGCCCCACACGGUGACGGAGCAGUGGCUAGUGCUGGACUCCUCUGCUAUGCCCAUGAUUAUAACUCCCAAAUCCAGACCCCAGGAGGAGAAGACUAGAAAAUCUGUCCGCAGGUCAUCUGCAUGUCUGCUGCUGUGAGUGAGUGGGUGAGUGGGUCAGAUUCCCAGGAGCCCCACCCAUCUCCCCCCUCAGCCCCACCCAUCUCCCCCCUCAGCCACACCCAUCUCCCCCCUCAGCCCCGCCCCGCUCUCCCCUCAGCCUGCGUGAGUCACCUGACUAGACAGGCACCAGGGAAAUAAGGACUAAUCCCCACUACCAAUCUGCCAAUCAUCUUGCUCAUCCUGACGCCGGACUGGAGUAAUACCUCUCUCGGACGUCACUGCAGGCCACGCUAUUUUAUCUCUACACUGUUUCCUAAUACAUAAGCGAGACAUGCGCACUUUCUCCUAAGAUAUGCACACUUUCUGCUAUCUAAGACACGCACACUUUCUCCAAACAUGCACACUCACUAGUCUUACAUGCACACUCAUGUUUAUCUAUUUCAGCGAGGAAGCUAAAAAAAUGAACGUAGUUCACAAAUGCCUUAAGUUCACUACUAAGUUUACAAUGGUCUAUUUUUUAUUAAACUAUCUGAAUGUCUGAGCAUAUAACGGCCACACUUGAGUUACACUUUCAGUUUUUGUUAUACUUUGGAAUCAUUUCCAUGCAACGUUAUUAUUUUUGUCUUACAUAUUAUAUGUAUUUUGUUAAUAAAGACAUUGA